AUGCGCGCCUCACCCACCCCCUCCGAGGGUGAAGUCGACAUCUUCACAUCCCUUGCCGAAGCGCCCUCUGCCCCGAAUGGCGCCCACGCCGACGAUCUCGACGACAUCCUCGACGUGGCCCCAUCCGACGACGACGAGGCCUUCAUCGCCCUCCAGCAAGCCGCUUCGUAUCGCAAGUCGUCCAAUCUCAAGGGCCGAACAGUGAAGAAGGGAGGUGGCUUCCAGGCCAUGGGCCUCAACCCCAACCUCCUCAAGGCCAUCACGCGCAAGGGCUUCUCCGUGCCCACACCGAUCCAGCGCAAGACGAUCCCCCUCCUGCUCGACCGGAAGGAUGUCGUCGGCAUGGCACGUACAGGUUCAGGAAAGACGGCCGCCUUUGUCAUCCCCAUGAUUGAGCGACUCAAGAACCACAGCGCGCGGUUCGGCAGCAGAGCGCUCAUCAUGAGUCCCUCCCGCGAGCUGGCGAUUCAGACCCUCAAGGUCGUCAAGGAGCUGGGUAAAGGAACCGACCUCAAGUGCGUCCUGCUGGUCGGUGGCGAUUCGCUCGAGGAGCAGUUUGCGAGCAUGUCGGCCAACCCGGACAUUGUCAUCGCGACGCCCGGUCGUUUCCUGCAUUUGAAGGUGGAGAUGGCGCUGGAUCUGUCGUCGGUCCAGUACGUGGUCUUUGACGAGGCGGAUCGCCUGUUCGAAAUGGGUUUCGCGGCACAGCUCACGGAGAUUCUGCAUGCGCUGCCGCCAUCGCGACAGACGCUGCUCUUUUCGGCGACACUGCCGGGAUCGCUGGUCGAGUUCGCCAGGGCAGGUCUGCAGGACCCCGAGCUUGUGCGUCUCGAUGCUGAGACCAAGGUCUCGCCCGAUCUCGAGUCUGCCUUCUUCACAGUCAAGGGCGCCGAGAAGGAGGGCUCAUUACUCCACAUCUUGAACAAUGUCAUCAAGAUGCCCACAGGACCGCCUGCGGGUGUCGCACCAUCCACCGGCGAGAAGCGGACGAAGAACAGGAAACGCGGGCCUGAAGGUGCUGGAAAGCCUACAGAACACUCGACCAUCGUCUUCACCGCCACGAAGCAUCAUGUCGAGUACAUCGCCACCCUGCUCCGGGAAGCUGGCUUUGCCGUAUCCCAUGCCUACGGUUCCUUGGACCAAGUCGCGCGUCGUAUCCAGGUGGAAGACUUCCGCUACGGCAAGACGAAUAUCCUGGUAGUGACAGACGUCGCCGCGCGUGGUGUGGAUAUCCCCGUUCUCGCCAACGUGAUCAACUACGACUUUCCCACGCAACCCAAAGUCUUCGUGCAUCGAGUCGGACGUACCGCUCGUGCUGGCCAACGCGGUUGGGCAUACAGUCUUGUCCGCGAAAUGGACGCCCCCUAUCUCCUCGAUCUCCAGCUCUUCCUCGGCCGUAAACUCGUCAUUGGACAGGUGAAGGAAGACGUCUCCUUUACAUCGGACUUUGUCGUGGGCGCUUUGAAGCGAGACGACGUCGAGUCACAGGUCGAAUGGAUGAACAGGAUUCUGGGCGACAAGGAGGACAUUGAUGCGCUGCGCAAAGUCGCCGCCAAGGCAGAGAAACUCUAUCUGCGCACACGCAACUCUGCCUCUUCACAGUCUGCGAAGCGAGCGCGCGAUCUUGUCAAGUCGAAUGCCUGGUCAGAACUGCACAAGCUAUUUGGCGACGAUCUCAAUAACGACGAGCGCGCGCGGUCAGACAUGCUGGCCAGGAUCGGCGGGUUUAAACCCAACGAGACGAUCUUUGAAGUAGGCCAAGGUGACAGGAAGAAGGGCAUGUCACAGGCAGCCGAGAUUAUGAAGAAGCUACGUCACAACAUCACACCGAGAAAUCGGCAGCAACAAGACAAAAGGGUCGAGAGGCUCUCGGACGACGAGGACAUGAUCGACGCUCAAGCUAAGGUUGCGCCCGAAGCAGAAGACGAUGAUGAAGAAGAGGAAGUGGUGGAGGCGGUCGAAGAUGAGAGUGGACAAGAAGAGGACGAUGACCUGGAAGUCACCGUAUCCAACCCCUCCGCCAAGCAACGCAACAAGACCGACUGGCGCGACAACGAGAUGUUCAUGUCCUACACGCCGCGCACGACCAACGCCGCCGAGGAGCGCGGCUACGGCGUCCACUCGGGCGGCAACUUUGUGCAGGCCGCGCGCGACGCCACCAUGGACCUCACCAACGACGACACGGCCAAGGCGUUUGGCGUGCCGACGCGCAGCAAGAUGCGCUGGGACGCCAAGAGCAAAAAGUACGUCUCGCGCGACAAUGACGAGGACGGCAGCAAGGGUGGCAAGCUCGUCAUGGGCGAGUCGGGCGUCAAGAUUGCCGCGAGCUUCCAGAGCGGACGGUUCGACCGCUGGAAACGCGAGCAGCGCAUGGGCCGGCUGCCCCGGGUCGGCGAGGAGGAGAAGCGCGGCGGGCCGCAGCAUGCCGGCCUGCCGUCUGGACCGCGGUACAAGCACAAGGCCGAGAAGGCGCCCAAGGAGGCGGACAAGUUCCGUGAUGACUUUGAGGUGCGCAAGAAGAGGGUCAAGGAGGCGCGGGAGAACAGGGUCGGGCGUUUUAAGGAUGGGAUGGGCAGUCGAAAGGAACUCAAGGGGGCGGACGAUAUUCGCCGGGCGAGAAAGGUCGAGCAACAACGGAAAGCGAAGAAUGCAAGACCGCAGAGGAGGAAGUAG